UUGCCGUUGCAACUUCAUCCUAAAGGCUAAAACCCCUAAACCCUAUCAACAUCAACGAAAAAUGCACCGAAAUAAUAAUUGAACAAACCAUACUUCAAUUUCCAUGGCAAUUUCCACCUUAAAAUUAGUAUUCAAACCUAAUCUUCAUCUUCGCCCUCUCCCAUUCCAAUGUCUUCGCAAGGUUGUGCCAAGAUCUGUCCCUUCUGUUGAAUCAGAGGAAUGUAGUAAAGAAUCUAAUCGUAAACAAGGAAGUAAUAAGGCACCAGUAUGGAAGAAGUUGAAUUCAAAAGAGCUUGGAUUUCGAAAUUCAAUGAUAGCUAGUCCAAUCAAAAAGGUUCUCAACAUGCUUAAGAAAAAGGGGUAUACUGUUUACCUUGUAGGAGGUUGUGUACGGGACAUGAUACUAAUGCAAACACCAAAAGAUUUUGAUAUUAUAACUUCAGCAGAUCUUAAAGAGGUCAUGAGAACAUUUUCAUGGUGUGAGAUAGUUGGUAAAAGGUUCCCAAUAUGUCAUGUUCAUAUGGAUGGUACCAUCAUCGAGGUUUCAAGUUUUAACACUGCCAGAUGCAAGCCUGGUAGACACUUUGCUCAUGAUAUCAAGGCACCCAAGGGCUGUGACAAGGAGGACUAUCUUCGUUGGAGGAAUUGUGUGAACAGAGAUUUUACGAUUAACGGGUUUAUGUUUGAUCUUUUUGCAAAAAUUGUAUAUGAUUACAUGGGAGGGAUGGAAGAUCUUAGAAAAGCUAAAGUCCAAACUAUUGUUCCUGCAGCUACUUCUUUUCAGGAGGAUUGUGCUCGCAUUCUUCGUGCAAUUAGAAUUGCUGCUCGCUUGGGGUUUAGUAUUUCAAGUGAAACUGCUCAUUCUAUUAAAAAUCUUUCAUAUUCAUUAUUAAGACUUGAUAAGGGUAGGCUCCUGAUGGAAAUGAAUUAUAUGCUAGCAUAUGGAUCUGGUGAAGCUUCUUUGAGGCUAUUAUGGAAAUUUGGACUUCUAGAUAUUCUUCUUCCCUUUCAGGCUCUUUAUUUUGUUCGCCAUGGAUUUCAGAGACGGGACAAAAGAACCAAUAUGCUUUUGUCUUUGUUCUUCAAUUUGGAUAAACUUUUGGCACCUAAUCGUCCGUGUCAUAGCAGCUUAUGGGUUGGUAUCCUUGCAUUGCAUAAAUCUUUGAGUGAUCAACCAAGGAAUCCCUUGGUGAUUGCUGCGUUUAGCCUUGCAGUUCAUAAUGGUGGAAAUUUGUUGGAAGCAGUAGACAUAGCUAGGAGAAUCAACAAACCACACGAUGUCAGAUUUCCUGAAAUAUCAGCAGAUCCUUUCGAUCUGAAUAAAAAGGCUUUGGAAAAUGAGAUUUUGGAUCUUGCAGAAUCUGUUAAAGCGUCACUGUUGCAGAUGACAUCUAGGCACUCAGUAGCUCGAGCUAUGGCUGACUAUCCUCAAGCCCCUCAUUCAGAUAUGGUGUUCAUCCCAUUAGGGAUGUACUUAAAAGCUCUACGCAUUUUUGACUGCGUGAAAGUAAGUGCUUGUAAGAAAUUCUUGUCAAAGAAAGGAAGAAAAAUUGAUUAUGAAUCCUUAGCUCGUGGUGACCUGCAAGAAAUCCAACACUUGUUUGCACGGAUUGUAUUUGACACUGUAUAUCCACUACACCUUGGUCAGUCCUAAAUGGCCACCGGAUUUUCAGGACAAUUGUUUGAAGUUUUAUUAAAAAUUGGGAGAAAAUUGAUGCUGGAGUAAAGCAUUCACUCAUAGGCGAAGAAAAGCUAGUCGGACGAAAAUUGGGAUACAAAUGUGGUGAAGGUCAGAUUUCAGCAUCUGAUAUUUGAGUGGUACUUGCAGAAAUUAUUACCGGGCCAGUGACAGCUUCUGGGUGGGACUUACCUUGCUAUGUGGCGUACCUAACUCAGACUUAAGAGACGGCGGGGAAUAUCAUAAAAGAGGAAAACUUUUCUAUCUUCCCAUCCCAACAAAAUUCACCAAUUUAUUUUUUGUUCUAAUUUUAUUUAUUUAUUUUAGUUUAUAGAAUAAUUCUUUUAUCAAGUAUGAAACUUCGAUGUUGUUCUUAUAGUGUGAUGUAAACAUUAAACUACCAAUUUUAACAUUGACGUUGUAUGUACAAUAAAUUAAGAUGGAAAAUUCAUUAAAUUGGCAAAAGUUCAAUAUUA